AUGUGCACCGUGUGGUUUAAAAUUUAAAACAUAAAUUAUUAAAUUACAAAAUAAUUUUUAUUUUGCAUAUUAAAGAACUGCCAAAAUGGCAUCAAGUAGUAAAUUAAAAGAUGCGUUUAACGCCGAUCUAAUAUAUGGAGCUUUUUUUACUGGAGGUCUUGUUCACUGGACCAAGGAUGGAAAAGAAUUAUUGUGUCAAAAUAAUAACUGCGUGAAAGUUUUGGAUAUAGAAUCAGGAUUAGUGACUCAAACGAUAGGAAAUGCUGAUAGCGAUGAAGAUGAAGACACGGUAAUUACUUACACUUUAUCGUCUGAUAAUGAAUACGUUGUAAUUUCAUUUAAAAGUGGACUUUUGAAAUUAUAUUCUAAAUCAGAAGGUCGUAUUUUAAAAAUGUGGCGUAGUAUUCAUAAAGGUCCUAUUUCUCGAAUGGCUUUAAAUGAAAAUAAGCAACUAGCCACAGGAGGAUGUGAUGGGGCUAUACGUUUGUGGGAUCUAAAUUAUCAAGCAUGUACACAUAAUUUAAAAGGAUCACAAGGAGUCAUUAGUGUAGUUAAAUAUAAAACUGCUAAUGAAAUUUUCGGCGCUUCUGAUGAUAAUAAAAUUCGAGCUUGGAAUACAGAAACUGGAAAUUUAAUAUUGACGUUAUCAGGACAUUAUAGUCAUGUGUCUGAUUUCGAUUUUCAUUCAGAUGGUAUCCAUUUGGCUAGUUGUUCACGAGAUAAAGUUAUUAUUUUAUGGAAUACAAAUGACGAAACUUCUAAAAAAGUAAUUCCAACCUUUGAAAGCACUGAAGGGAUUGUGAUUCUACCCAAGAAGUUUGAAUUGCCAAAUUCUAAAGUCGAUUCUAAUGAUAUUCAUGUGGCUUGCGCUGGAGAAUCUGGUGCUGUUAAAAUUUGGAAUAUGUCAUCUGCAAAAGAAAUAUUUGUACAAAAUAAUUCAUUAAUUUCGAAAGCGACUGAAGAAGGUGGUUUAUCGAUAACGCAACUACUUUUCGAUUCCAUUAAUAACAAUUUUACAGUGGUAGGAAGUGACCAUAAUUUAAUAAUUCAUAGCUUAGAGACGUUUGAUUGCAUCAAACAGUUUAGCGGUUUCUCAGAUGAAAUAUUAGAUGUAGUUUAUAUUGGUCCUGAUGACAUGUUAUUGGCUGUUGCAACUAAUUCUGCCGAUAUCAAAGUGUAUGAUUCAAAAAAUAUGAGUUGCCAAUUGCUAAAAGGUCACACAGAUUUAGUUUUAUCUUUAGCUAAAUCAUCAGCAAAUCCAAAUAUACUUGUAUCGUCGAGUAAAGACAACACAAUUCGAUUAUGGUUACGGGAUGAAAAAUUAUCAAAAAUUACGUGUAUAGGAAUUGGAAGUCGCCAUACGAAUUCAGUUGGAUCAGUAGCAUUAAGUAAUUUAUCUACUGAUUUUGCAGUGUCUGUAAGUCAGGAUAAUUGUGUUAAAAUGUGGCAAAUUAGUGAUAAAUUAUUGAAAAAAACAAAAGAUUUAUCAUUAAUUUGCACUCAUACAGAAAUAGCACAUCAGAAAGAUAUUAACUGUGUGACAGUAUCUCCAAAUGAUAAAUUAAUCGCAACAUGUUCUCAAGAUAAAACAGUCAAGUUAUGGUCGGCUGAAAAUCUUCGAGAACUUGGUGUGCUACGAGGUCAUCGACGUGGUGUAUGGACAGCACGAUUUUCACCGGUAGAUCAAGUAAUUUUGACCACAUCAGCUGAUUGUUCAAUUAAAUUAUGGUCUGUUACUGAUAUGACCUGUUUAAAAACGCUUGAAGGUCACGAUUCAAGUGUUCUUAGAGCUGAAUUUAUUACUAAGGGUUUACAAAUUAUUUCAUCUGGAGCAGAUGGACUUAUCAAGCUAUGGAAUAUUAAAACUUCUGAAUGCGGACUUACUUUAGACCAACAUGAAGGCCGUGUAUGGGCACUAACUGUAUCAGCUGAUGAAAAUUACCUAGUUACCGGUGGGUCCGAUUCUAUAUUGAUUCGAUGGAAGGAUGUUACAAUAGAAAAACGGGAAGAAGAACUUGAAAAAGAAAGGGAAAUGAUUGAACAAGAACAAGAAUUAAAUAAUUUAUUACAACAAAAUGAAUUAUUAAAAGCUCUAAGAGUUGCAUUAAAAUUAAACAGACCACGUCAAAUUUUACAAAUUAUUAACAAAGUUAUAAACACUGGUGAUGUUGGAUUUAAAGAUGUAAUUGGACAAUUGAAAAAUGAUCAUAAAGAAUUACUUUUAAAUGCUGCAGUUGAAUGGAAUUCAAAUAGUAGAAAUUGUCAUGUAGCUCAAUUAGUUUUAAACAUUUUAUUAAAGGAUUUAAUGGUCGGCGAUUUUCGACCCACAAACUAUCGAACGUUGUUGGAAGAUUUGUUACCGUAUACUGAAAGGCAUUUUAAACGAAUGACAAAACGAAUUGAAGAUUUUCAUGUUUUAACAUAUGUAAUAGAAAAAAUGGAAGCUACGUCUAAACAAGUUUAAUAUUGUAUUUCUUCAAACUGUUUCUCUCAUUUCUCGUAAAUCUCUAAUUGUUUAUCAGAGAAUUAAUAAAAAAAUCGAAGGCACUAUGAACAUUUUAGGCAAUGUUGGUACGUUAUUGCCAUGUAUUAAAAUACAGGGAAUAUUAUUACAAAAUUUGUGGCAGUUACGUAUAGACAUCUAUAAUAUUUAGAUUAAAGAAAAUAUUUUAUUGAUUUUCUUCUCAGGUGAUAAUUACAAAUAAGUAACUGAAUAUUGGAAAAAGUUAUUCUAUACCUUAUUUUUAAUAAAUUUUGUAAAUAAUCAUAAAAGAUAAUUGGAUAUUAUUUAAAUAAAGUAUGUGUUCUAAAAAAAUUGUUUUAUGC